CUUUCUCUCUCUCUAUAUCUUUCUCUAUCUCUCUCGUUUUUGCUAUGUGGUAAUUAACAGACGCAGUUUUUUUGUUGUUGUCCGUACCGUUGGUUUACUUACUCUUUCACUGUCUUUGUCUAUUACCACUCUCGUCUCUUUUUUUGCUUCUGUUGUGUUUCUCUCUCUUCUUUCUCUAAACCCAAAACAGUCAAAAUCAGGGAAGCCAAAAAUUUUCUUUGCUUUCUUCUCCUUUCGUCCUUUCUUUAAACCGAGACAGUUAGGUUUAAGAGAGAGAGAGAGAGAGGGAGAGAGAGAAUGAUGCUGUCUGAGUAAGAGGAAACCAAAAUGGAGAUGGGUUCCAACUCGGGUCUGGGUCUUGGUCCGGGUCAGGCAGAGUCGGGUGGUUCAUCGACUGAGUCUUCCUCUUUCAGCGGAGGGCUCAUGUUUGGCCAAAAGAUCUACUUCGAGGACGCUGGAGGUGGAUCCGGGUCUUCUUCCUACGGUGGGACAAACAGACGGGUCCGUGGAGGCGGGUCGGGUCAAACGGGUCAGAUACCAAGGUGCCAAGUGGAAGGUUGUGGGAUGGAUCUAACCAAUGCAAAGGGUUAUUACUCUAGGCACAGAGUUUGUGGAAUACACUCUAAAACACCCAAAGUCAUUGUCGCUGGUCUCGAACAGAGGUUUUGUCAACAGUGCAGCAGGUUUCAUCAGCUUCCGGAGUUUGACCUAGAGAAAAGAAGUUGCCGUAGGAGACUCGCUGGCCAUAAUGAGCGUCGGAGAAAGCCACAGCCUGCGUCGCUCUCCGUGUUGUCUUCUCGUUACGGGAGGAUCACACCUUCGCUUUACGGAAACGCUGAAAGUGGAAUGAAUGGGAGCUUUCUUGGGAACCAAGAGAUGGGAUGGACAAGUGGAAGAACGUUGGAUACAAGAGUGAUGAGACGGCCUGUGUCAGCACCAUCGUGGCAGAUCAAUCCGAUGAAUGUAUUUAGUCAAGGAUCAGUCGGAGGAGGAGGGACAAGCUUCUCUUCUCCAGAGACUAUGGACACAAAACUAGAGAGCUACAAGGGAAUUGGCGACUCAAACUGUGCUCUCUCUCUUCUGUCAAACCCGCAUCAGCCACAGGACAACAACAGCAACAACAACAACAGCACUUGGCGAACUUCUUCAGGUUUUGGUCCCAUGACGGUUACAAUGGCUCAGCCACCACCUGCACCUAGCCAGCAUCAGUAUCUGAACCCGCCUUGGGUGUUCAAAGACGAAGAUAACACCUGUCCGAAUGAAAUGUCCCCUGUUUUGAAUUUAGGUCGAUUCACCGAGCCGGAUAAUUGCCAGAUAAGCGGUGGCACGACGAUGGGUGAGUUUGAGUUAUCUGAUCACCAUCAUCAAAGUAGGAGGCAGUACAUGGAAGCUGAGAAUACAAGGGCUUAUGACCCUUCUUCUCACCAUACCAACUGGUCUCUCUGAGUCUCUCUUUGCUUUAAGACUAAGACUACUCUUUGCAUUAGACAGAGAAUCUUGUUACUAUGAACGAUUCUGCAAUAUCUCUCAUCUUUAGCUCGUUUUUUUUUUUUUUUUUUCUGUUUAUCUGCUACUAAUAAACUAGACAAUUGUUGCCAGAGAAUGGCUUUUGUAUUUUUUUCUUUAUGCUUCUUCUUGUUUUAGCUCUCAUCUUAGGAGUCAAGAUUGAGGAUCACCAUUAUCAAUUUCACAUAAAGGU